AGGUUGUAUCGCAGAGUCUUACCUUGCAGAAGAAUGUGUGCAGUUUUGUAGUGAUUUUCUGAAAAAGUCAACUAGUGUAGAAGAAAAACUGGAUAGAAAUACAGAGUAUGAGAAUAUCUCUAUUCUAGAAGGUCGGCCUAUAUCCGCAGGCACUUCAUUUACUCUCACUGAAAUGGAGAAAAAUAUAGCACAUCUUGCUGUCAUUCAGAAUAUUGCUGCCUUGGAUCCUUAUGUGGACAUGCACCUGCAAUAUCUACAAGACUCAUAUCCAAGAUGUAGACGUGAAGCAUCACUGUUGUGGACUAUGCAUGCUCAGAAAUUUGCUACUUGGUUAAAAGAGCAGAUACCAAUAGUUUCAAAUGGACAUGAAGAUACUCUUAAGUGGUUGGCUUAUGGUCCUCGGUGUAGUGCUAGGUCUUAUACAGGGUAUAUAGUUAAUGGUCAACGGUUUCACACAAGCUCACUUCAAAGAAAAAGUCAGAAUAGUGGGGUUUAUUAUGAGGCUACUGCUAUGUGUAGAUCUAGUGCUAAAGAUACUUCACAAGUGUUUGAUUUGGUAUCAUACUAUGGGAGAGUCACUGAUAUCAUACUACUUGAUUACAAUGUGUUUUAUGUACCUCUAUUCCGAUGUCAAUGGGCAGUAAGAGGUAAUGGAGUUAAGGUCGAAGAUGGUUUCACGCUUGUUAACUUGAAUCAAAGUCAAGUCAGCUUCUUGAGGGAUCCAUACAUAUUAGCCUCUCAGGCAAAACAAGUGUUUUAUUCAAGAGAAGAUGAUUCAUCAAGUUGGUAUGUUGUCAUGAAAGGUUCUUCAAGAAGAUACAGUAAGGAAGAUGUUGAAGACGGAAAUGCAGAUAUUGGACCAUUGCCAUCAGAUGUUGACAUGGAUCUUGAGAUGGAUGAAGCUGAAAAUGCUAGAACUGAUUGUGAAGGCAUAUAUGUGUCAAAUGUAGCUUCUUGUUCAUUUUCAGCUUGUCUUGUUUAUACUCUGUCUGGUGUCUGCCUAGUCUUUAUUAUACAUCACUGUCAUUUAGAUUUUCUGUUAAAUGUAUUUUAUCAGCAUCAACAUGUUCUAAUUUAUUGUUCUUACAUGCAGUUGAACUGAUAUGGGGCGUCCAAAGAAGAAGGGUGGACAAAAAAAGAAAAGUAAGGCUGCAAAAGACACUGAUGAACCAGAAUUUAUAUGUACUGUGGAACCACAGACUGAGGCAGCUGAAGUACAAGGAGAACAA